CCUUAACCCCAAAAACCCGAGUACUCUCUUUACAAGUACUUGUAAAAUCUGUCCUUUUUCUGCAAUCUCCUCUGUGUCUUCCUCCUCCGGUUUUCGUCCCACCUGAAACCAAAACAAUCACUGUGUUAGUCCCAUUUAACUCAUGCAUAUGUAUAGUUGAGAAAGAACGGUCGAAAGAUUUCUCAGCACUUGGCUAAGAAUGAAGAAGUGUGAGGAGAGCAUCCCUCUACUCCAUUUCUCCUUUUUUUUCAUGUUCUUGUUCUGUCCUUCGGUCUUCUCUGAACUACCCUCAAACCAAAAAACCACCAUGAUCGAUCUUUUUAAUCUCCUUAACAAAACAGAUUUAUCAUGUAAUAUUAGCAAGGAUCCAUGUUCAUGGAAGGGAGUUACCUGCAGCUCUGGGAAUUCUUUCAUAACAGAAAUCUCUCUAUCGGGCUUUUCCCUCUCUUGCUCAGACUUUUUGCCUCGUCUUUGUCAGAUAGAUUCUUUGAUGAGUAUUGAUGUCUCCAACAACGCUCUGACCUUAAUCCCGGAGGAAUUCAUCAAGGGUUGCGGGGAGAUUGGAGGGCUGGAGCGCUUGAAUAUUAGCAGAAACAGGUUGGUUGGUCCUCUGCCUACUUUUCAAGGAUUCGUUGGGUUGAAGUUCUUGGACCUGUCUUUCAAUUCAUUGAAUGGAAACAUUGGUUUACAGUUAGAUGGAUUGAUUGCCCUCAAAAGUUUGAAUAUUAGUGGCAACAAGUUCAAUGGCCUUAUCCCUACCAAUCUUGGGAAAGCCAUGGUUUUAGAGCAGCUUGAGCUCUCUGUGAAUGGCUUUGAAGGUGGAAUUCCUGAUCAAAUAAUGGGUUACCAGAAUUUGACUCUGAUUGACUUAGGUGAAAAUAAACUUUCCGGCCCUGUUCCUGAUAGAAUUAAAGACCUCUCUAAAUUGGAAGUUUUGAUUCUAUCUUCCAAUAAAUUCAGUGGGCAAAUCCCAGGAGCCAUUUCAAAUAUCAGAACCCUUUCACGUUUUGCAGCCAAUCAAAACAACUUUAAAGGUACAGUUCCCAGUGGAAUUACAAGAUUCCUCAAGAAAUUAGACCUUAGUUAUAACAAGUUAAGCGGGUCGAUUCCUUCAGACAUGUUGUCGCCGUCAAAUUUACAGUCUGUAGAUUUGUCUUAUAAUUUGUUAAAGGGAUCGAUACCUUCAAACAUAUCUUCAAGUUUGGUCAGGUUGAGGUUGGGAAGCAAUUCUCUUGAUGGGCCAAUCCCUUCUUCGGUGUUUGGAAAACUUGAGAAAUUGAUGUACUUAGAGCUGGAUAACAAUAGCUUGACCGGGCUUAUACCUCCGGAUUUGGGUUCUUGCCUGAGCUUGGCACUGUUGAAUUUGGCAGGGAAUAACCUGACUGGUACUUUGCCGGGACAGUUGGGAAAUCUAAGCCGUCUUCAAGUUAUGAAGCUUCAAUCCAACAGGCUGGUUGGAGAAAUCCCGGUUGAAAUUACUCUACUACAGAUAUUGUCUACACUGAAUAUCAGCUGGAAUUUGCUGAACGGUUCAAUACCUUCUUCGAUUUCAAGCUUGCGAUACCUUACUAACAUGAACUUACAAGGUAACCAUCUCAAUGGUUUGAUACCAGAAGGUAUUUCCGGUUUGGAUUCUCUGUUAGAACUCCAGCUUGGAGGAAACCAAUUUACCGGUAAUAUUCCAAUGAUGCCGGCAUCAUUGCAGAUUGCUCUAAAUCUCAGCAGCAACCUCCUUGUGGGACCUAUUCCAUUUACUUUUUCACUGCUUACAGGAUUAGAAGUUUUGGAUCUCUCAAACAAUCAAUUGACAGGGGAAAUUCCAACGUUUCUAAGUGAAAUGAGAUCUUUGACACGGUUGCUACUUUCUAACAAUCAACUAUCUGGAAUUAUUCCAGAGUUUGGUUCAUGGCUUACUCUUGAAGCAAGAGGAAAUGUGCAUCUUAUUAACACUGCAACAUCAAACACUUCACCAAAAUCAGCCAAGAAGGGAAAAUCAGUUGCCGCUUCGAUUCUGAUUGGGUUUGCAGCAGCUCUUUUCACUGUUGGGGUAGUCACAGGCCUUGCUUUAUCAAUCUCAAGACGAUAUCACAGGGUUAAUGAUGAACAACCACAAUCAGCAGAGGAUCUUCCCCCUCCUCAGAUGGGCCAACAUAUAAUACCAUCAAAAUAUAUCAUGGAUCGAAAGAGGAAAGAUGUUAAGCGAAAAUACACCUUUGUGCAAAGUAGUAGCAUCGACGAUGCACGAAGGUACGAUAGGAUCCAAAAUUGCUUUUAUGAACUGUGUUCCAAUGCUUCAAAGGCCGAAAGCAGUUGUGUUAAAUUGAUUAGCCAAAUAGAACAGUUGAAGACACAGUGCCUUGGUAUCGCUGAUCAUGAUACUAGCAACACAGUUGAUACAACUACUUCUAUGGAGGGCACGACCCCUAGAGUUUUUAGUCCAUUGGUAGUUCGGAGUAAAGGACGACCACAGUCUAAGAGAAAAGUGCACUCCGCUGAAAAGAGUAUUAAGAAAUCCAGUACAAAAAGGCGAUUGCACCACAAUGAAGUUGAGGUUCUUUUUAUUAAUGUUGUAUACUAAAUUUACGAUUCACUUGGUUUGAA